CCGAGACAGCCCCCCGUCGGACCGGCUCUCGACGAAUGACGAUGGCCUCGCCGCGCUGCCGGCUCCAUCUUCCUUCCUAGCCUUGGCCGAACUCGUAGUAGGUUCGUACUGCGUACUCGUAGUAUAGUACAGACAAACUCGGGACCUAGUCCGUACCAGCGGACCUCCGACGACAUGCCUCCGUUUAAAAGCAGCUCCUGUCCUCCCGCGUGGUUGAUGCUCCCGUUGGAUUGCCGUUGCGCAGUAGUACCACCACCACACGCCGCCGUUCCGCUGCGACAGUGAUACGCAUCCAUGAUGAGUUUACGUCGUGUGACGGCCCUCUGCGGCGCCCUGCAGCUCGUUGCGGGCACAUGCCUCGCGCAGUCGUCGGUCAACUCAUCGUCGUCCUCGACGUCGGCGGCCCCGGCCGCGACAACAACAACAACAACAACACCGGCAGGCGCCUAUGUCGGCCCCAACGUCACGGUCGGAAGGCCCAUUGUGGGCGACUACCGCGGCCAGCAUCGGCCUCAAGUCCACUUCUCGCCGCCGACACACUUCAUGAACGACCCCAACGGCAUGUUUCGAGACGGCAACGGCACCUGGCAUCUCUACUACCAGUACAAUCCAACCGCCGUCGUGGCCGGCAACCAGCACUGGGGCCAUGCCACCUCCAACGAUCUCUACCACUGGGUGAACCAGCCCAUAGCCCUGUUCCCGCCCCGGAAGAACGUCUACGUCUAUUCCGGGAGUGCCGUCGUAGAUGAGAACAACACGUCCGGCUUCUUCCCCAACCAGACCAACGGCGUGGUCGCAAUCUAUACCCUGGCCGAGUUCGACCAGGACGGCAACGCGGGCCCGCAGACGCAAGCCGUUGCCUACUCCUACGACAAUGGCUACAGCUUCAUCCCUUACCAUGGCAACCCCGUGAUCCCCAGCAACUCGCCUCAAUUCCGCGACCCCAAAGUCGUCCGGCACGGGGACCGCUGGGUCAUGGCCGUUGCCUACCCGCACGACUUUGCCGUGGGCAUCUUCACCUCCCCCAACCUCAUCGACUGGACGCCAGCCAGCAACUUUUCGCAUCAUGGGCUCCUGGGUCUGCAAUGGGAGUGCCCCAACCUCGUCAGGAUGCCGCACGUGGAUGACAAGGGUGAUAGGAGAGACGACAUGUGGCUCAUGGUGGUCUCCAUCAACCCCGGCGCACCGUUGGGGGGCUCGGUUGCGCAGUAUUUCCCGGGCACGUUCAACGGCACGCACUUUGAAGCCGUCGACGCGGCGGCCCGCAUCGCCGACUUUGGAAAGGACAGCUACGCCGGGCAGUACUUCUACGGCAGCCCCGACGGCCAAGACCCCGUCUUGAUGUCGUGGGCGUCCAACUGGCAGUACACGCAGACGGUGCCGACGGCCGACGAGGGCUGGCGCAGCGCCAUGAGCCUCCCGCGUCGGACGCACCUCGCCAAGUCGGCGCGCGUCGGGUGGAAGCUCGUGACGACGCCGUACGACCUGAGCCCCGUCAUGGGAGAGGUGCUCGCGUCCAACAACAGCGUCGCCAACGGCACAACCAUGGUCGACUUCUCCGACGUGCCGUCCAACGCCCUGUACUGGGAGCUCAACGUGACGGGGCUACUGCCCGAGGCGUCGUCCGGCGGCAUCUCGCCGCGGGCCACGGCCAACUUUACCUUUUCCAGCCCCGUGAGCGGCGAGUACGUGCGGGGCGGCAUGUUCUUUGGCGGCGACCCGACCUUCUUCGUCGACCGCGGCGGCGUCGCGCGGGGCUUCGACAACGUCUUCUUCACGGACAAGGCGUCGACCAGCGUCGUGGUCUCGGGCGGGUCGUGGACCAUGAGCGGCGUCCUGGACCGCUCGGUGCUGGAGCUCUUCCUCGACGGCGGCGUCGACAGCGCCACCACCACCUUGUUCCCGACGCAGCCGCUGACGCUCGCCGUCUUCGCCACCUCGGAGCUACCCGCGGGGGCGCGCGUCAGUAUCCGGGUGAACGCGCUCCGCAGCGCCUGGGCGGGCAUGGAGGACGCGAGCGACGGGCUGGUGCACGGCAACCAGUCGAGCAGGGACACGGGGGCCGAGGACCUGAGGCGCAUGCUGCCUGGCUGGCGAUGAGAGAGACGGUGGCGACGCCGUGUGAGGGGCAAGGAAGGUAUACUGCCGCAGGUAGGAAAUGGGGGAUGCCGGCUCUUUGUGCUCGCGUUGGGAAGGCGGGGCUCGGCCAGGCCAGCCGACAGUGGCGAGUCACGAUGGCCCGGGCGGCAGAUGAAGCACUAAGUUGGUACAAUGUCAUCAAGUAUGUACAUACGUAGCUCGGACGAACG